CGUGUGUGUUUGUUGCGACAGCAUGCAUGAAUGCCGGGGUUGUUUCUUUACAAACAGGAGGUCCGAGAUGCGUCUGUAUGCAGCCUCUCUCUGCGGGUCCCAUCUGACAGAGGAAGCCCUCUGAGACCAGCACUGGGCUGCUGUAGUCUUCCCAGCAUUCUCUUGGAUCAGAUCGUCCUGGCUUGGGAUUUCAUUGGUCUUAGUUCAGAUUGCCCUGGUGCAGUCAGGACUGUUUUAGCCGAAUGUUGAUCAAUCUGAAUUGGUUUUGGGCUGGUUCCGAGACAUCAGGUCAAGUCGAGGCCAGUUAAGACUGGUUAUGUGCAUGUGGGAGCCAGUUUAAAUGUCUCUGCAUGAGUUUCUUCGGGAGGGUCAGGACGCCCCACAGCGGAUCCUAUCCCGACUGACCCAGCUCCUCUACAACCUAUCGGCCACGGUCUUACAGGGGGUCCCCUUCUCUCCUUUCACAACCUUCAGCCGCAAGAACUCCUGGAGGGACUGGAACGAUGAGAUUAUGCAGCAGGAGAGCAGUCCUCUGUGUGCCGCAGACAUCAGCCUAGACCUCAGGAAACAGUUUGCCUUCCUGUCAGGUGGCCGAGGACAGAAUGGCAGCCCCAUCAUUAUUUUCCCAGAGUACCCGGCGUUUGGUGAGUUGGAGGAACAGGAGUUUCACAACGUGCUGACAUACCUGACCAGUGUUCCCAGUCUCGGCUCGACAGGGGUCGGCUUCAUCCUGGUCAUUGACCGGCGACAAGACAGAUGGGCAUCAGUGAAGGGGACGCUGCUGCGGAUUGCGGGCUCUUUCCCAGGCAACCUGCAGCUGGUGCUGGUACUGAGACCCACAGCACUCUUCCAGCGGACAAUCUCAGACAUCUUUUUUAAGUUAAACAAGGAUGAGUUUAAAAUGAAGGUGCCGGUGAUCAUGCUCAGCUCUGUGACUGAGCUCCACAGUUACAUCGACCGCACACAGCUCACUCAGGAACUGGGCGGCACGCAGGAGUACUGCCACGAGAAAUGGAUUUCACACCGCACCGCCAUUGAAGGUUUUGCUCUGAUGGUGAAGAAAACGGCACAGACUCUCCAGUCUUUUGGGACAGAACUGGCAGAGACAGAGCUGCCCAAUGACGUUGAGGCCACGUCCAACCUUCUAACCAUCCACACAGAGAAGAAGGACACAAUGAAGGAGGACUUGAGGAUUGCUCUCUGUCAGGGAUCACGUUUGCUGGAGAGCAUCAAUGAGCCACUGGUGAAAGAUCCAGAUUACACAAUGAACCAUGAUGAACUGGAGAACCUGGCUACUGUUCAGAGGUUGCUUGGGCAGUUAGAUGAGACUGAAACAGCAUUUGAUGAUUUUUGGGAUAAACAUCAAACCAAGCUAGAGCAAUGUCUACAACUGCGGCAUUUUGAGGAGAACUUCAGGGAGGUCAGAGCUCAUUUAGACAUGGUGUAUGACAGAGUGUCAGGCUUCUCAGAGGUUGGAAUUAGCCCCGCCCAUGUUGAGCAUAUCCUGAAAGAGUUGACCAAUCAUGAAGACGGAGCAUGUGAGGUGUUGGACCGAGCGCUCGCUCUUGCAUGUGAUGCUGACCAGCUGAUUGAAGCAUCUCAUUACGCUGUGGACUCCAUCCUGCCCAAAUGCUCUGAGCUGCGGGCUGUGUGCGAGGAGAUCAGUGGUGUCCUGGAGGCCAAGAAAACUCAUCUGCUCAAAGCCAUGGAGCUACACCAAUGUCUAGAGAAGGCCACUAAAUGGUGUGAUGAUGGGAUCUACCUGCUAGCGGCUCAGCCUGUGGAUAAGUGUCAAUCACAGGAUGGGGCGGAGUCAGCGCUGCAGGAUAUUGAACGUUACCUGGAAACAGCCAAUCAGCACAAGCUGACAGAUUUGAGUGGAAUUUGGAGGGACUAUGAGUCAGUGCUCACACAAGACUUCAAGGAACAGGUGGGCAAAGUGUUUCAGAAACAGCUGUCAAUGCAGGAAAUGUUUGAGAAGAGGAGGGUCAGUCUGAAGAAGUUAGCAGCCAAACAGACACGACCCGUGCAGCCCGUCGCCCCACGUCCUGAGGCCAUCAUCAUACCACCCAUCUCUUCUCCAGCUCAUAGGGAGAAGACAAUAGAGGGUGAUAUCAUCAAUGGAAACUGCAGAAAAGUAGGUAUCUCAUCUCUAGGCAGUGCUUUAUUGAAUGAUGAAGCAAAUUUCCCUUCUGUUAUAUGGGUCUCAAGGUCAGAGAGAGUCUAUUUUCAGGCGUCGACACCAGAGAUCAAAACUGCAUGGGUGAAUGAGAUCCGGAAGGUUCUAACUGGACAACUAAAGGCCUACAGAGAGGCGAGCCAGCAGAAGAGCUCAGAUCAGUUAACUCCCACCAGCACCAGCCUAACCCUGAGCCCCUUCAAGACCAACCCAAAGACCCUCAAGAAAGGAGAAGAGAAGAAAACUGAACCGACAGCAGCAGAUUCCAGUACAGCCACCUUACUUAAAAAUAAUGACAAGGUCAAAGACGAGAAUGUCACCAGUCCCACCACUGAGAGAGCUGCAGUGGCUAAAAAACGUUUUACACUGCAGGGCUUCAGUAACCUCAAGAGUCAAAAAGAGCUGAUAGCGCCCUUUGGUGGUAAAAGCCUAACACUACCCAUGGUCACUCUCUGCCCUCCAGGAUCAUCCCCCCCUAGUCCUGACCACAAAACUAAAAGACAUGAGAUUAAGAGUGAUCCUACACCGUUUGGCUUCAGAGACACGGGUCCCCACAUCACUCUUACCCGAGUGAGAUGGCUGAGUGCUUCUAGUCUGUUGCAGACUAAAAGGAGAGGCUUCUCCAAGGCAUCGCUGUCUGUGGAUGCAUCUGAGGAGAACGACGGUUACUCGAGUGCUGAGGAUCCCAUGAACUCUGAUCCUGAGGAUGAGGGAGAGAGAAAACUGUCUCCAGGCAGGUACGUGGUCAUUGCUGACCAUGACAAAAGCGGACCACAGGAGCUGACGGUUAAGAGUGGAGAUACAGUGCAGCUGGUGAGAGAGGGAGACGAUGGACGCUGGUUUGUACGUAAUCUGCGGACCAAUAAGGAGGGCUGGGUCCCUGCUGCAAACCUGCUCACUCUCAUCGGAGAAUCCAAAUCUUCUCAAUCUCUCUCCAGCUCAGAAGGCAGUGGAUCUGGAAACCUCAGCACGUCCUCCAGCUGCAGUGAAACCUACACAAGCUUCUCAGACAUCAAAGCCUGAAGCCGCUGCUCCACCGCCUUGUGGCAGCUCCUACACAGUGCACUUUCUACUGAAGCUCCUCGAGUCUUUGUACUGUAUUUAACCUCAUCAGCCGAGAAAGGAAUUGACCUCUGCAGUCAAUAUGCACUAUUCAGGAUAUAUUUUAUAUAGAGCGUCACACUUUCUCAACCUUCUCUCCUUCAUAAGAGAGAGAGAAAAAGUGUCUUCUGUUCCCCUUUCAAAUUUUACUUUACUUUGAAAGUAUCAGUGUGAUGCUGUUUGUUUCACAUCUGCAUGCAUUUCCUCAAAGAUUAAAAGCGAAAAGGGCUCUUGGUCGAGUCGGCAUUAACAUCAGCGCAGCCUGCGGCUUUAAAAGUCUUUAAAUAUACAUAAAAAGGACUCUCAUUGAACUUUAAUGUACAACCACAUGAGCUUCCACUGGUUUUAUUGAUCUUGCAUUGAGAAUAUCAGUGUCUUUUUGGAAUGUCUGACUUUGUUGGCGUCUGAAGCUUCUGUCUGAUUUGCUGUAGCAGCAAGACAAUGAAAUUAUGUUUUAUAGGAUAAAGAUUCUUGAGGUUAUGCCCGGUGAAAAGUCCUGUUAUUCACUAUGUAUUAAUCUAAAACCGCUGUAUAGUUUAAAUUAUUUCCUGUAAAAGAAGAUUUGUACAGAUAUUAACUUUUAUCAUGUUUUUCAUUAAAACAGUAUAAAUAUAUAUACAUAUUGUAUAUUAUGACCACUAUUGUUGUCAUGAAAAUUAAAUGAAAUGUAUUUCAUUGUAUUUGUGACUUCUGCACCAUUUGUGUACAAUUAUUAUAAUUUUCCAGUAACAACAUACCAAUUGUGUUCGCAUUUUAUGUAAUUUAUUUUGUCACCACAGAUUGUUUAAUUUGGUUCGUUCAAAAUGUAAUGUCUGGAAAGCGAUAAUUGGCAUGUAGUAACCAUCAUUCAGCUUUUGUAAGACUUAUUUUAAUGGUCAGAACCUUUUGUCAAAUAAGUAUUUCUUGAUAAAGCUCGACAGAGUUAAUCUAUAUCAAUAUUCCUCAAAUCAGCUGAUUUAUUCAAGGAAUGAACUACCAUGAUUUCUGCCAUUUUUGAUGACCACAGCUUAAAUGUUUUGUCCCCAUAACUGUACUCUCUUUUUAACAUGUUCAGCAAUACAAAAAUUCAUUGUUAUUUUGUUUAAAUUUUAAAUGGCACAUUGCUGCAUGUUAGUCUUAUCUCUCUGUAUUUUCAUUUGAAAUUAAAAUAUUUUCCUGUAUUAGACUCGUAUCUGUGUAUAUGUGUAAAUAUGUAUCUAAGAGGAUGUAUGAGAUGAAUGAAUUUAAAGUGCUUGGGCUUAAAUAAACUUCAC